AUGAGCUCCACUGAAGCGAUCAGAAACGAUACCGCAAAACUUACCACUGCUGAAACCACCAAUAAUAAUACGAGUCAGCAAAAGACCACAACGACUACAACAACUACUAUAACCACGACUACAACAUAUUUUACUACGCCAUCUAACAGCACGUCAGAAGAUAAACCUACUUUGCCACCUAGCGGAUCUCACCGAGCAAACAACUCCAGUAAAGCCUCAGAACCUACAACAGUGCAAACCACCACGCCAGAAACAACUAAGCUUACGCAGCAGGAAACUACCACUACGACCACAACAACCUCUCGCGCAAAGACUACAACGCCUUCCUCCGCAGCACAAAACAACAGCACAUCUACUGCGGCUAUAAGCAGUUCCACGAUCGGAGCAUCCACGAAUUUUCAAAACAUAACUACUCUUAGCCAACACGAAAGUACAAGUUCGACGUCAGAAGACUCUCGCGGAACCACGAGCUCCACUGAAGCGAUCGGAAAGGAUACCGCAAAACUUACAACCGCUGAAACCACCAGUAGUGGUACACGUCAGCAAAAGACCACAACGACUACAACAACUGCUACAACCACGACUACAAAAUAUUUUACUACGCCAUCUAACAGUACUUCAGGUACAGUUAGAAGCACUUCUACAGAGGGAACUUCCGCUAACCACGAACGCUUAACUACGAAGAACGAAAGUAGGUCUACGAUAAGUACAGCAAAUACAGAUGCUGCGGAAUUCAAAAAUGCGACGACCGACGGUUCUUUCACCCGCUAUGUUGCUCACGAAACAGAAGAUAAACCUACUUUGCAACCUAGAGGAUCUCAGCGAGCAGACAACACCAGUAAACCCUCAGAACCCACAACAGUGCAAACCACCACGCCAGAAACAACUAAGCUUACGCAGCAGGAAACUACCACUACGACCACAACAACCUCUCGCGCAAAGACUACAACGCCUUCCUCCGCAGCACAAAACAACAGCACAUCUACUGCGGCUAUAAGCAGUUCGACGAUCGGAGCAUCCACGAAUUUUCAAAACAUAACUACUCUUAGCGAACGUACCUCCACGAGUGGAACCGAAAAUGGAAAUCAUCAAGACAACAAUAAUGUGACAGUAGGCGGUUCUAGCACUCGCUCUCUUACAAGCGGAAAAGACGAAAGUACAAGUUCGACGUCAGAAGACUCUCGCGGAACCAUGAGCUCCACUGAAGCGAUCAGAAACGAUACCGCAAAAGUUACCACUGCUGAAACCACCAGUAAUAAUACGAGUCAGCAAAAGACCACAACGACUACAACGACUACUAUAACCACGACUACAACAUAUUUUACUACGCCAUCUAACAGUACUUCAGCAGGAAACUACCACUACGACCACAACAACCUCUCGCGCAAAGACUACAACGCCUUCCUCUGCAGCACAAAACAACAGCACGUCUACUGCGGCUAUAAGCAUUUCGACGAUCGGAGCUUCCAGAAAUUUUCAAAACAUCACUACUCUGAGCGAACGUACCUCCACGAGUGGAACAGAAAAUGA